AUGAUCAAGCCUCAACAUCAAAAGGGAAGAGACAUCUCCUCCUCCGAAGAAUUAUUUACUCAUCAGAAUUCAUCACUAAAAAGAAACAAAAGAAACAGAGAGGAUGAGAUUGAGGAAUUCUCUCCUUUCUCUUCUUCUUCCAUUCACCACUGUAAUCACACUAUUCAACCAUUAGAAUAUGACCAUCAUCAUGAGGAAAAUACGAGUGCACCCAUGACUCCUCUAAACAAUCAUUUAUUUCAUUCCCCUACCUCUCAACGAGAUGAUCAUCACGAUUUUAUUUCAUCUCGUGCUUUGGAUCCAGGUGAAGAUUUUUAUGAUCCUUUUUCAUCUUCUUCUAAAGAAACAAGAAUGAAAUUUAAAUAUGGCCCCUAUUUAACACCACAAGAAUAUCAAGUAGAAGGAUUUACAACAACCAUUGAAGAAUUAAACAAAUUACAGAAAUAUUGUGAACAAUCUCCACAAGACACAAUUGAAAAAACAAAAUAUUUAAAAGAAUUAGUCAUCAAUAAUAGUAAUAAUUGUGAAAAGAGAAAAUCAAAAAGUUGUCAUUCCUCUCCUCUCUCUUCUUCAUGUACAACUAGUCUCAUGGAUGGUGAAGACAUUGUUGUCAAUAAGUCGGAAAGGAACUCGAUGAGUCCUCCCAAGUUAGAAAAUACCAAUGAAUUAUUAUAUUCCACACCCUCAUCAAACAUGAAAUAUACACUUGAUAAUUAUUGUCAAUUACUCGAGUCCAAUGUAAAACACAAUUCUCCAAAGAGAACUUCAAAGAUGAUGAAAUAUUUGAGGAAGCAUCAUUAUUAUUACCAAUACUGUGGAGGUCUUAAUGAGAAUACGAUUUUAUUUUUAAUUGGUUUGAUUUUUGUACUAUUGUAUGUGUUGGUGGUGAAAUAUUUGUUGAGUGAUGGAUAG